GCCAUGUUUAUGCUCUGAUUGUGGUGCAAAGCCCUGACGAUUCUACUACUAGCAAGCUGGUUGUUUGAAACCCAAAUCGUAAAAAUCUCAAUGCAUUUCUCAAUCAUAUAGCCUACUAUAACCCCUAUACAUCGUGGAAACGGUAUUGCGUAAUGGCGGCAAGUGCCCAAGCAGAUGAUGGCUUUGAUGAGUAUGACAAACCAGGUGCCGAGAGGUCCCGCAGAAGAAGAGGAGAGGAGGAUGACGAUUUAGAGAGUGACUUUGAGGGUGAUUUGUUGGCAGAAGAUUGGCUGACAUCUAAAAAAAAUCCUUCAGAGGCAUCAGAUGAAGAGCUGAACGAUGACCUUCUGCAGAGCGACGACGAAGAUCAAAACAUAAGCGGGCAUGGCGUGAGCCUCAAUGUCACUCUGGGUGGAUCCCUUGACCAGCAGGUCAACACAGAUGAGGCGGUCAACCUGGGGCAGGAAGGCUACGAGGAGGCGGAGCUGGGUGGCUAUCUGCAGGAGGGGGGCGAUUACACCGGUGAGGAGGAGCAGGAGGAGUACAUUGGCAUGGCCGAUGACGCAGGACUGGCCGAAGACCAGAUGGAGUACUCUGGAGAGCAGGAAGAGGUGGACCAGCUCUACCAGGACGAAGUGCUUGACAUUCAAAUUAAUGAGCCCAUAGAUGACGAAUUUCAAGUUGACGAUUACUCGACCAGCUUCGGCGAUGAGCGACUGGAGGAGCAGGUAGAGGAGCAGCAGCAGGAGCAGGAGGAGGAGGAGGCACCGGAGGGGGAGGAAGAGGAGGCGGCCGACGGCUCCCAGUUCCCCGACACAGACGAGGCUGAGAAGGAACAGGAGGCUGAGGAGGACAUGAAGGAAGAGUCUGACGAAGAGGAGGAAGAUGACGAAGAGUCCGGCCGGCUGCGCUUCAAGACCGAGCGAAAGGACGUCAGCGUUGUGCGGCUGGCCGACGCAGCGAGCAAACGAAGAAACAUACCUGAAACACUAGAACUCUCCGAGGAGGCCAAAGCCGACCUGAUGGAGUUCGAGGAGCAAGAACGCCAACGGAGGCAGGGUCGCUUCGGUGGUCGAGGAGGACGAGGAGGCCGGGGAGGGAGAGGGAUGUUUCCUGGGUUCGGGAUGGGGGACUUCCGGGGUGGAGGAAGAGGAAGAAUGAAUGACCAGAGGAUUCCAAUGAUGCCUCUACACAUGGGCAUGCAGCAGUCUCUCUCUAGAAUGCCCCCUCCUCACCACCACCAUCACCCUCAUCAUCACCAGCACCACCACAACACUCCAAACUCUCUCCUGGAACAUGGAGGUCCUCUGGCCCAGCAGCCCCUGCAGCCCCUCAUCCCCCCCCACAUGGCCCACCGCUCGACCCCCACACAGGGCUCGCCGGCCCGGCCGCAGAUGGUUCCGCAGGCACGCGUGAUGAGCUCCCCGCCAUCCAGCAACCCCCACCCACAGCACCAGAGCCAGCAGCACCAGAGCCAGCAGCACCAGAACCAGCAGCAGGCUCCACAGCAGCCCAAAAACAUCCACAUCAACCCCCAUUUCAGGGGCCCGUCCUCAUCCCCUGCCCAAGUGCCCUUGAUGCCGCCUGCUCAGAGCCAGCCCAGACCUGCUGUGGGUCCUCAGAGGUUCCCCGGACCUGGGGACUUCCAGCAGCACAUGCCUGGCAGCUUUGGCCAGCCCCAGCGGCCCCCCCAUCACAUGGAGCCCUGGAGGAACCAGCCCCCUCCACCCCUCCAGGAUAGAGAGCCUUUCUUCAUUGGCGAGCCGCGGUUCCCAGGGCAACACAUGUUCGACCACCCCAACUCCUCCCCUCUGAUGAACAGCAACAACAGCCACCACCAGCAGGUACCCAGCCAGGGUCACCCUCCGUUCGGCCAGCCGGCCUUCAACCAGGCGGGCCAGGGCCCGGGUCCUCUGGGCCUGUUCCAGAGGGAGCCCCCCAGACCCAACCUCCCUCCCCAGGGCCACCAGGGCAUGGGCGGGCUGGGCCAGCACGGUGGACCCCCCAACAACCGCCAGUUCAUGGGGGGCCCUGGCCUCCGCCAGUCGUUCCCCCCGCAGCAGAACCCCUUUACCGCUCAGCAGCUUCCGUUUGGGAUGCAGGUACGGAUGAGAGGCUUGAUGCACGGCCCUCCUCACUCGCAGCUCUCGCGCCACGACCCGCCGCUAUCCCAUCAGGCCAUGCACCAGCAGCAUCACAGGCAGGACCUGUCCCAGCCGCCGCCCCACCUGCUGCCUCUGCAGCAGCAGCACCACCCCAGCGAGCAGCAGCAGCGGCCCAUGAUGCACCACUCCCAGGGCCCCUUCCAGCAGCAGCUACUCGGGGGCAGCCCCCGCCAGAUGCCCCCGCAGUCCCAGAACCCCCAGCAGCAGCAGCGCAGCGCCCCCAUCAGGCCCCGCAUGAGUAAUCCCAAACAGAUGCAGCUUCUUCCCCAGCGCAACAGCAACCUCCGCGAGCUUCCCGUUGCCACCGGCAACCCCGGCAUGAACAGUGCCCGCCCCGCCUCCACACCCACCUCCAACGUCAGACCCGUUGCCAGGGCGGCGCCGGGGAUGCGUCCGGGGCAGAACUUCCGGCCCGUGCCCGGCGGGGGCAGAGGCAGAGGCCAGCCCCCCACCAAGUCUCAGGCACCACCCGGGGCCCCAGAGAGAACGGUGGUGAGGAAGGAGAUCCCGAGCGCUCCUCCCAGCGCCACGCCAGUCGACCCCGACGAGGACGAGGAGACGAGGCUGUACCGCCUGAAGAUCGAGGAGCAGAAGAGGCUGAGGGAGGAGAUCCUGAGGAAGAAGGAGAUGAGGAGGCAGAUGCAGGCCGGCGUCAGGAAGAAGGAGCUGCUCGAUCGCAUCACCAGCCAGGGAGCCAAUCAGGGCCCAGGACAAGGUCCAUUUUCCAAUCAGAAUGCAGCAGCACCGUAUCCCCCCCAACAACAACAGCAGCAGCAACCGCAACAGCAGAGGCAACAGGCCCCUUUCCCCCCUAAACCCCAGCAACCCCAGGUCCCCCACCAGCAGGGUUCCCCCUUCCCCCCUAACGGCACCCCACAGACCAUCCAGUCCCGUCAAAACGUUAAGACCCGUUUGCAGAUGGCCAAGGGCGGCCCGCAGCUGCAGCAGCUGCAGCAGCGUCCAGGCCCUGGCGGCAACCAGCAGGAACAGUGGCAGCAGCAGAGGAGGAACGCCCCCUUGCAGAACCCAGUCAGACCAGGCCCUCAGUUCCAGAGUCCCCAGGCCCCGCCGGGGAACAUGCCCCUGCUGGAGGGCCUCGGGGUGGGCCAGGGCCCGGACCAGGCCCAGUUUCAGGGGAAUAAAUCGAUCAUGAAAAGGACAGUGAUGCAGCGGUCCAACAGCGGCGGUAGAGAGACUUUACAGCCGCCACAGAAAGUCCGUGUGGUCAAGCUUCUAGGCGGGGGAGGAGACGGGCCGGACGCCUGCGACCCCCUGCAGCAGCAGCCCCUCAGGCCGGGCCCCCCUCUCCGCCAGGGGCCCCUGAGGAAGAUCACCCUGGCCAGCCCUCCCGGGGAGCAGCUCCAGAGCCUUGUCACGGCCCUGGAGGCCAGAGGGGGCAUAGGCAGCCCGCAGCCAAACAGGGUGGUGGUUCCGGGCCGGGGCAGAGCCAGAGGCAGAGGGGCAGCGAGCCCCAGUCCGAUUGGCCGGGGCAGAGUAAUGCCCACAAGGCCGAACCAGAAGUCCCCAGAGGGCCAGUCCAGCACUGUAUCCAUCGAGGGGCUCUCCUCCUCCACCACCGACACACAGCUCAGGAACCUGCUCCAGUCUAUCGGACCCAUCCAGAUGUUCAAAAUGCUGCCCCAGCAGAGGAAAGCCAUCGCCAAAUUUGUCAGUCCCCAGCACGCUCACAGCUUCCAAGUCAGCUUCAACAGGCACAUGAUAGAUUUGUCCCAUAUUGACGUGUCGCUGAUUGACGGCUAAGGCGCGAGGGAUCCGGUGAGCAGGACGCGCCGCACAUGCCCAGCCCCGCCCGGCAGGAACACUCCCUACGUCUACGAGCAGGUCGUUAGCACACGGCCCUCUGGCACACUACACCAGCUGGCCCUUCCUCAGACAAGCACCUCGUCCCCCCUCGUACAAGCACCACUCAUCCACAGUCUGCGGAACUAGGAAGAAGACGCCAGCAGCAUGUUUUCCUACCCGACAGGACUGUAACUGUUUAUGAACACACUGGAACAAUAUCUGCUAGAUAGACACUCAGCUCUGCUGAUGCAGGUUGUGGAAGAAGGUUUGAUGAAAUCUCUUGCAUCCUGCAGAGACGAUAAUUAGCCGUGCCUAUCAACACUAGAUAAUGGUUGCUCCCUCUCUGUGCCACCCGUCAAUAACGACUGACUUGAACAAAGUAGGUUUCCAGAAAGUAAUUUGGGUGUGGCGGUUUUGUGUGAUUUGUUGAGAUGAGGCUCCUGUUGUCAUGUUGUGUACAGGCGUAGUUGCGAGAAGAGUGCUGUCUGCCUGCUGGCAUGUUUUCCCCCACCCCCUGCAAGUGUUACCUCCCUCCUGUAGGUGGCAGCAUCUUAUAGUGAAUCUGGUCUUCCCGUUUGGCAUCGACAGAAUGCUUUCAAGGCAGAGAACAUCUUCAAGAUGUCCAGAGAGAGGGUGGGGUGUAAUUGAACAGCCUAGUGGAGAACAUUUGAGAUGUUAAUGGCGACUUAUAGUUAUGGUUAAUUACUUCUUGCUGACUGUAUCUCUCCUAUCUUUUUUUUCAACUGGUAUUCACAGAGUUAAGACAGCAAUUAUGUCUCACUUCCCAGCAACCUUUACCCAAAUUACCUAAUAGACAUUUAUGGUAGAUAUCUCUAGUUUGUUAUUCCCUCACGUUCAGUGGUAGGACUACAUUGGCUACCCAGUGCCUUUGGCUGUAGCAUUCCAUAAUAGCGGAUCUUUGAUAAUUGAAUUAGGACUUUUAGCUGGUUGAAAUGGAGAACAUUUGUACAAAAUCUAGAGUUCUUUUUUUUUUUAAGACAAUUUUAUUUUUCAGAAUCAUUGUCUACCUUUUGAUUAGUGGGCAUUUUGACUUCAAGCACGCAUGUUGGAGUAGGCUCUGUUCUGUAGACAGGUUUUAAAGGUUACAUAUUGAGAAGUGGUGCUUAGGUCUAGAUAGCAUGUAUGGCAGAAUAAGUUUAAAGAACAGGGAUUUCCCAAUAUAAGUUGCAACUCGUUUGUAAUGAUUUCUGUUGAAAUAUGAUUUGGGUGAUUUGUUAUGGAGUAAGGGUUCUAUGAAUGGUUCUACUUCUAUUUAGGGUUGGUGAUUUGUGUUGAUCAGUUCAGGAAACAGUUUAAAUUGUUUUGGAGUUAAUUGUUUAAGCAGGAUGGUGUUUUGAAUAGCUCAUAUAUAGACAAAACAUGCCCAUCUCAAAUAGGAAACAGAUUUUAAUUUGUGACAUAGUAGAAAUCAGAAAAGCAACUGGUACGGAUAACAGAACAUAUUUCACUUCAACUUCAGGCAUUUGUAAUGACAGUCAUGAGCAACAGCACUUUCCAACCUCAGAAAACGUUAAUUUAAUCAGAAUCGAUUAGAUUUUUAUAUUUGACCAGAAGUAGGGUCUUAUGUCAGUAUCCAACCAGUCAGACAAGGCCAUUUCCUUAUACAAUUCAAUUUAAUAUACUCAAGUUCAGCUUGGACCCACACUUAAUUUUUCUAACCAACGUUUUUUUUGCUAACUAAAGAUAAGUCACAGAGCUCUUAACAUCAGAGUCUGAUCGUUAUAAAAGUCAUAAAAUUGAGCAAUUUUACAUCCAGUGGCAACAGUUUAUCAUGCAUUUAAUAGUGCGGGGGCAACCAUUAUCCAUAUAUUAGUGAUCAUGUAUAUAAAACCAUAACUUUCACUGUGUUUAUCAGUGUUCUCAUGUGUAUACAGUAUGUGCUUUGAUGUAUGUAUCGAGUUAACUUUUUAUAUAUAUGAAGAAGUGUCCAGACGUUAAUCAUUUUACAAACAUUUAAUUUGUAUGUAGAACCAAAAAGCUAAGACUGGACCACAUUUCUGUUAAUAGGCGUUUGAAGACAUUUUAAAGGUAAAAGGAAAAAAAAAAUAAACAACUGGCAUAUAUACCAUGAAACUACAGGUAUGUGAAGCCGAAUAACUUCUAGCCCACAAU